GGCUCGUCUUCUCCCUCAGAUAAGAUCAUUAUCAAACUGUCAGCCCUUGAUUUGAAAAUCUGUUGUGCCUAUACAGUUGUCACAACUAGCCAUCAAAAACAUUUGCCACAUAAAAGCAACUGAUCUCAUCACAGGCUAUGGCUAAACCGAACAUGAAGCUUUUGGGCGGUGUGGUGGAGGGGUUUUAUGGUAAACCAUGGACUAUGGAACAGAGGAAAGAACUGUUCAGACGGGAGCAGAAAUGGGGGUUGAACGCAUACCUGUACGCUCCCAAAGAUGACUACAAACACAGAAUGUAUUGGAGAGACCUCUACACACCCCAGGAGGCUGGGGAACUCCAAAAUCUCAUUGCAUCUGCAAAAGAGCAUCAUGUGGAGUUUAUAUAUGCCAUCUCUCCUGGGCUAGACGUCACUUUCUCUAAUCCCAAAGAAGUGGCCACUCUCAAAAGAAAAAUAGACCAGGUGUGGGGAUUUGGAUGUAGGUCAUUUGCUGUGCUGUUUGAUGACAUCGAGGCAGAGAUGUGCCCAGCUGAUAAAGAUGCAUUCAGCUCACUCGCCAGUGCACAAGUGCACAUGACCAAUGAAGUGUAUCAGCAUAUAGCAAAACCUGAGACAUUCCUGUUCUGCCCAACAGACUACUGUGCAGCCUUCUGCACUCCCAGUGUAGCCCAGUCGCCCUACCUGCACACAGUAGGGGAGGAACUACACCCUGACAUUGAUGUGCUGUGGACAGGUCCAAAGGUUGUUUCGAAAGAGAUUUCGGUCGAGUCUAUUGAUGAAGUUACAGGGGUGCUAAAGAGAGCACCAGUUAUCUGGGACAACAUCCAUGCCAAUGACUACGACCCACAGAGGAUGAUGUUGGGACCUUUCAAGGACCGUCCAGUUGAACUCAUCCCCAAGAUCAGAGGCAUACUCACUAAUCCCAACUGUGAAUUUGAGCUCAACUUUGUAGCCAUUCACACCUUAGCCACCUGGUGCAAAUCCUAUUGCAAUGGUGAAACUGUCAAAGGUGGCAAGAAAGAUUACAUCCCACAAGAGGCAUUGGUGCUGGCGCUCUCGGAGUGGCUGGUUGAGUUCAGCGUUUCAGAACCACCAGGUAGAGGAGGAGGAUUGUCUGAGAAGAACUAUUCUGAGGAGGUUCCAAUGCGAAGAGAUGCAGGUUAUGUCCCUGGUCCAAGAGAGAAGCCUCUCUUCACAGCUGAGCCCUUGAUCCUGAAUGACCUCGUGCUGCUGUCUGACCUCUUCUACCUGCCGUAUGAGCAUGGCCCAACCUCCCUCCAGAUGCUCCAGGAGCUGCACUGGCUCAAAAGCAACAGCAAUCCGGUGGGGACCAUGGGGAAGGACACUGAAUGGGGGGGCAGAGCGGAGCAGUUUGAUAAGAUGUGCGAGUCGGUGGUCCAGAUGUUUAACCGACUUUCAAACGUCUCCAACCGGCGAAUUUUGUAUGACCUUUACAACUAUAUCUGUGAUAUCAAGAGUGGUGUGUCUAUGGCCAGGGACUUUGUCAAAACUAUGGGUGGACAGACAACACUCUCAGCUCGGCAAGUGAAUGACCCUGAGCCCUGGGGCUUCAGAGGGGCGCAAUCAGGAGAGUUUCAGAGAAUGCUGCCUAAUCACGGGUACAAGGAUGUCUUUUACCAGUCCCCCCGGCCCACAGCUUAUGUCAUUCGACCUUACACGCCAAGUGAUCAGUCAGCCGUGCAGAAGAUCUUUAAAGAAGUGAUGUGUGAGGCAACGCAUGGAUUUCCAGCCACCAAGGGCCCCAUGGUACUGGGCCACAGACUGGCAUGUGGACAGCUCGUCCCCUCACCCAACUGUGCCUUCUUGAUGGAGGAUGAGGGUGGAGUUUGUGGAUAUGCCCUGGGACUCACCGAUGCCAAAUCCGCUGCUUCUAAGGACCAGUAUCCUGAGUCUCUUCUGGGGGAUAAUCCAUCUGUGAUCACGAUGCAAAUACUCCCCAAAGUCUCCGACCCACGCAUUGCAAAGCGAUUGGUGGACUGUUUGAUUUCAGCAUUAAGAACAACAGGCUGUAAAGCUAUUUUCUGCGAGCUGAGAGAAAGAGAGAAGAGAAUGCUGGAUAUCCUUCACAGAAUGGGCUCCUUCAGGGCGAUGACAAUGGAAGGCCAUCCAAAUGACCCAGUAAUCAUGAGAACAACAGCAUGAUCAGCAGAUGUGGUAGGGGUGGGGAUGCUAGAAGUAAGAAUUCAGAUGAUCAAAGCUCAUCACUGUUUAAAAACUUAUAAUAUGACUGGUAUAUUGAAUAAUGAUUUAUAAUGCAAAUCUCUGGUACUAAAAAUCGAUUACACUACAUGUACCAGUCAUUACUUCAAAUACAUAGCAAAGCAUCUCACAUAUGAAGCUGUGCUACUGGGAAAAGGUCUUCCAGGGAUGCUGGACUGAAACAUUAAACCAUUGCAAUAUUUCCCUGUGAGUACCUCGAUUAUAAUAGUAAUAUUUCACAUAUGUCUGUAAAUUAAAUAUAGGGGGUUGGAAAAAGAAACUUGAAAAGGGAAUAAUAAAUGAUAUGAAACAGUCAUGAUUCAAA